CGAGACCGCUGACACGGCUUAUCGCAUCGCGGCCAGACCCCGUCCACUUGCUUUAUCAGCGCUGUUUGUUAUCAAUUGUAUUUCCCCAGUUGCUCGCAAUCGUCUCUCUGAUCCAGCUCAAUUGGAAGGACUCUACAAAGUCACAGCCAAAAGAUGUCUUCUAUCUCCACCCUCUUAUUCACCUACAACUGCGGCCAGACCCUGCAGCCUGUCGCGCCUCUGCGAUCGGCCAUAACGGCCGCAAUCGCAGCGCCGACCGCAAAGGCCGCUCCGUCAUUGAUCUUCCUCUCGCUCGAGGAGCUUGCGCCAAUCCAUGAGGUCUUUUACUUUGAGAAGCUGCACAAGUACUUGAAACCCUUCUUCGAGGCCGUCACAACGCUCGAGCUCGCGCCAUACAAGAUUGUGUCGUCGAUCAGCUCGGGUCUCACCGCGGGUGUCCUUUUCAUCAAGACCGCCGCCGAAGGCGAGGAUCAAUUGAUUGCCUCCGAUGUUCGUACUUCUGCAGUCUCCUUCGGUGCCCUAUCAAUGGGCCUCAAGGGUGCCGCCGCUAUCCGCGUGACAAUCUCGGUCGUCGACGAAGAAGCACCUGCCUCCGAGUCUUCCAAAACCCCUCUCCCCACAGCCCCGGUCAGCUUCAAAAGCCUACCACCGCCCACGCCCACAAAAUUCAAGGGCGUCAGCCUGACUUUUGUCGCCGCCCAUCUCGCAGCAAACGAGGGCCUCAAGGCCAAACGCGACCAGAACUUCGUCGACACGGCGCGCAAGCUCGCGUUCUUCCCGCCCGUCAACCCAGGAGACGAGUACGUCGUUGCGUCGGUCGUCGACGAGCAGCGAGACCGCGACUUCCUUUACAAAGACGACACGCAUGUCUUCUUCUGCGGCGAUCUGAAUUACCGCGUGCAGAUCCCUGCUGCUCCGGUCGCUACACCUGCUGCGGCCAAGGACGCGCCGAAAUGGACUGCGCCCGAAAGCGGCUCGUUUGUCGAGAGCUGGCUGCCACACGACGAGCUGACGGAUUCGCUGACCAACAAAACUGCGUUUUGGGGUUUCAAGGAGGCACCUAUCACGUUCGAUCCUACGUACAAGUACACAGGAUCAGGCGAGUCGAGAGCAUACACGACCAAGCGGGUGCCUAGCUGGUGCGACCGCGUGCUCUACCUCGACGUAUUCGAGAAGAACAAAGUGUCAAUCAAGAAAUACGCAUCGCUGCCGAGUCUGACUACGUCAGAUCAUUCGCCAGUCUACGCUCUAGCCACCGUGCCCAUCGACGCCGCGCCCGGUCCACUGCCCACCGAGUUCGUCGACCUGCUCGCCGAGAAAUCGAUCGCCGCCACCACGACCGAGACCACAGAUGACUUUGUGCCCGAGGCCGAAGAGGCAGAGGAGCCCCAGGAGUCGGAUGAACUAGUUGCCGCGAAGAACAAGCGCAUGAAAACCCUCUACGCCGUCGUCUCAGACCAAGUCUCGGCCCAAAACGACCACCUGCAUUCUCGCAAGGCUGGCCGGAUUCGCAAGGCAGAAUGGUACUUUGGUCUCUCGCUCUACCUGCUCUUCACGCGGGCCGGCAACGUCACGCUUGUCUCGUCCAUUGUUGCGCUCAUUGCGGUGUACUUGUACUUGUACAGCCUUCUUUCGGCGUUUGUGGAGAAAAACAAGGAUACCAGUAUUCUGGCCCUUAUCUUUGGCGCUGACAGAGUCAGACCUCGGCGUCGUCGCGGUCAGGUCGUGCCUACGUCUGUUCCGACGUCUGUCCCGACGUAGUGAGCCAGAUUGUACUGAGUUUAUGCUACGGUAGGUAGGAGGACGGGGGAGAAUUUUUUAUGUAUAUAUUUGUGCUCUUAUGCUCAUUCGAGACCCUUGGUCGAGAUGGUGUAUUCUAGUAG